AUGAAUUCAAAUCCUGACCAAAUAUAUUCUGCGACUUAUUCCAACGUGCCUGUUUUUGAGUUCGUCACUUCUGAGGGUCCUAUAAUGCGGCGUAAGUCUGAUGGAUGGAUAAACGCCACGCACAUUCUCAAGAUUGCUAAGUUUCCUAAGGCCAAACGGACAAGAAUCUUGGAGAAAGACGUCCAGACCGGUGUUCAUGAAAAGGUUCAAGGUGGGUACGGUAAGUAUCAGGGCACAUAUGUUCCAUUAGAACUGGGCGCCGGAAUCGCACGUAUGUUCGGGUUUAUGAACUACGUCGAAGGGAAGUCGGAAACCCCGCCACCGGCUCCCAAGCAUAAUCACGCUUCUGCUUCCAAUAUUGCGCGCAGGCAGCCGUCUAUCAAGACUUUGAACGAUUCGAAUUCUGAAAAUGGUCAACGGAAAAAGAUCAAAAUGGAAGAGCAACAUGGAUCAGAUAUGGGAACUUUCUCAUCCAAGCAAGAUUCUACUUCAUCUCAUGCAAACAUUUCAUUUCCUUCUUUGACACGCCAAGAGACUGAGAAAGACGUUCUUCAAAUUAUGGCCAGUAAUCUUAGUGUCAGAAACGAUGACUUGGAACUGGAUACAAGUGCCGACGAAAUCCCACUUAAGUCACGAGGAAGCCGAGACUCAAACACCAAAGAUGACGACGAUGAUUUUAUGUCUGGUAGGGAACUUUUUGGUAUUCAAGAGUCUUUUGCGGGUCGUGACUCCUUUGAAAAGAUAAUUGAGAUGCAUAAAAGGAAUAGAGAUGAUUACUUCUCGGCGCUUCUUGAUUAUUUCUUGCAUGACGACCAUGGGUCACUUCAAACGGAGUCAAGAAGAACGUACUCUCUCCCUCAACCGAUUCUCAAUCCGCCUGAACCGUUGAGCAGCAUUAAUAUCAAUCAAAGGGUCGACAAUGAUGGUAAUUCAAUACUACAUUGGGUGUGCGCUAUGGCCAAUCUCCCAGUUUUUCAGUUUUUAACCUCAAAAUUUAGCGGAAUCAUGAAUUUAGGUAACAAAAACUAUCUGGGCGAGAAUCCAUUGAUGUUCAUGAUCAAAUUCAAUAACAGCUAUCAACAGAGAAAUUUUAAUGACUUUCUACAACCCCUUGCAGAUUUGAUUUUUACUGCUGAUGAUCGAGGUCAAACCGUUUUGCAUCACAUUGCGAAUUUAUGCAAGCCAGCUAGUUUGGAGUCGAGAGAUCUUGAUUUGAGGAGGUCGAAAGAAAGGUAUGCAUCGUAUUAUCUUGAAAGCAUUUUAAGUCAAGCACUGCGGGAUGAUCAUUACAGUCUAAACGAGGGCAAUUCUACGACAAGAUUUGCUGAUCUUCUAAACCACCAGGACCAAGAACGCAAUACUCCAUUGCAUCUAUUUGCCUACCAUUUGAACAAGAAAUGUAUCAAGACUUUGAUUAAAUUCCACAGGGUCCUUAACCUAGAAUUGCGAAACGCAGUCGGCCAUUCCGUUGAAGAUUACCUUGCUUCGAACAACUACGUGCUUCGGAUUGAAAAUGACGGAAGCGAGGACCUUGAGGUGGCAUCUCAUUCUUUAAAUCAACUGAGUGUGGCUCAAACAUCAGUUAUAGGACAGUCGCAGACAAUGGAAACUCAAGUACAGAAUACUAAGCUGGCAAUCUGCCUUCAGAAUACGAUGUCCAAUUCUAUCACUGAAAGGUUAAGCGAAUUAGCAUAUGCAAUAGAUAGAGAAUUGGGCGAAAAGGAUAAGAAGCUUUUACUGCUAUGCAAAUGUCUUCGGAAGGUAAGUUAUGAGAAAUAUUUAUCUCAGAAAGCCAGUCUAGGGGUCUUCAAGCUUGAUUACCUCAUCGAGGAUAUGGAGAAAGACUUCGAUGCUGGUGAAUAUCGCACGAACAAGGCCGAUGGGGGCUCGUUACUGGUCGAUACAUCAAGAGACAUCAUAAUCCAGGAAGAAAUAUCCAGGCUUCUGAAUGACAUGUCUUUUCAAUCUUUGGUCGUGAACGAAGAGCUUCAAAUGGCCUGGGAACGGUACAGAUUUGCCAGGGAAAAGAUUUUAGAGCAACAAUUAACUGGCCUCGUCGAUGCUAUUUCAGUUCGAAGCGAAGAAUGCCACGCCGAGGCACGGCAGCUUGCCAUCAGUCUUCAACGUGAGAUCAGGAAAAGGAAAAACUUGUCUGGCCAGGUCUAUUCGCUUGAUGGUACGACUCCGAUUAUCGGUCAGUACGCAGAUGAAUUUAAAGAGAAUGAAAAGUCGGGUUCGUCUUCUUUGAGCUGCCCUGCCAAUCUGCACGGAGUUAUAUCAACUAUAUCUCAACUGGACAAAUUGUACAAGUAUUGCAAGCUUAUAGCUCUAAGCUGCGGAAUGUCCUUUUCCGAAGUUGAGCUGUCUAUCGAUCUUAUAGAACAGUCACUUUUGAGAGGUAAACAAUAG